AUUUAAAAUGAUUUACUGUCAUCUUCAGAUCCUCCAUGUAUCAUAAAUUCUAAGCAAACAUAUAUAUUCAUUAGCUUUGGAGUAUGUCUUACGUGUAAAACGGCCGUACAAGAUUUAUUGUACUGACACGAGGUUAUUCCGGAGUACCAGUGCAUAUAGACUUUGGAUUCCCUCUAGGUCUUUGCGCCGUCUGGGUAAUUUGGUGUUGGAGAUUUCGGAUUUAUUCACAAAUCGGUGAAAUAAUGACAAAUCAUGCAAAUGGCAAAGAGGCCUGCAGAAAUCAUACUAUCACGUGUACUUUUCGCGACUAUUUGUCGGUUGCCAAUACGAUCUGACGGCCAAUCACAAGUUGAUGGUGUAUACUAAAUGACUAGAUCAUUAUGGAAAUAAUUUCUGUUCUGACUGCUUAAUGGCAUGCAAAUAUAUGCUAAUGAGCCUAAAAAUUUCGCCUUGGGACCUAUUUACGCUCGGAGGUCAGAUAAACUCUUGUUUCAGAUAUCGUUUUUGUUCUGGAUCUAUAGAGACAAUAUGUUCUAAAUGUGUCGAUACUUGAAGGAGAAACUUAAGGCGAAGCAUUAACAAAUGGUGCUAGGGAUUCCCGCGAGAGAAGCAAUUGACAGUGAGGAAUAUACUCAGCAUCUGUACUCACUUCGCUAGGACAGGUAUAUGGAUGUGUGCCGAAACCUCUUGUCAACAUAUAUUUUGUUUCAGACAAUGUGUUUGAUCUGGAACAACUUACGUGUUCAAGCAGUAAGGAAUGAUACAGAUGCUGAAAAUACCUGAAUCCUUGGUACAAGAUUUAAGUCCAGUGCUUUACAUCGUGGGAUACGACUUCAGAUACAUUUAGUUGAUGUUUUGUUGUUUGUUUUGGUUAUCAUAAAAGUUUACAAACAUGAAAAGUGUACGACAUUCCAGUCAUGGACAGAGACUGACCAGUGACAAUCCUGAGUCGUUGACCAGGCAACUGGACAUAGAGGUAGCUAGAUUGGAUGACAUGGUCCGCGCUAUGGAGAACUUGGAACGUCAGUGUCAGAUUGUAGCGGGUGUCCGGGGUCCCUGUGGUGACCAGGGCUUGAUACAGGAUUUCCGGAAAUGCAAGAUGGAAAAGAAAGGGAAACCUCGGUCGUGCAUCCCCGUGCCUGUCAGUCACUCCCCUGUCAAGGUCACGCCCCCUCCCAUCAUCUGCAGUGACGGUACAGUCACCACCUCACAGAAUGAUACCGAUGGCUACACCGAAACUGUCAGUGUGAAGACGGCUGUGCAUAUGUUCGGUGGCGAGGCAAAAAUCCGAAAACUGCCGACACCGUCUCCAGAUAAAUCCCAAAAGUCUGCCACAGUGAAAGAGCUUCGAGCCAUUAAGGAGGGGUCAGAUUGGGUCAAGCGAGGGGGGCCAUCACUCCACAACGGUGAGGAUAUAUCCAUGGAUUUCACCACCCCCCAGGAACGAGAUAUCAUGGAUUACCCGAUUCGUGGAACGUUCUCACCGCUUACUGACGGAGGCCAAGUUAAGUUCACAGAUGAAAAUGCCACAGAGUUGUCCUUUGUUUUUGGGCGGCCUGCUUCUCCUGUCAAUGAUCGGAGCAUGCAAAGGUGCUUGUCGCCGCCUAGUGGGAGGAAUCAACAGAGGUGUUUAUCGCCGGAAAGUGAACACAACCCCCAAAGGUGUAAAUCUCCUCCGAGCGACAGGGGUCUACAGCGGUGCAUGUCGCCACCUAGUGGUAAGAAUCCACAGAGGUGUUUAUCGCCAGAAAGUGAUCAUGACCCUCUGAGAUGCAAAUCUCCUCCAAGAGACAGGGGCCCACAUAGGGGUUUGUCUCCACUGAGUGAUCGAGGUCCCUCACGCUGUUGGUCACCUCCGUCUCCGGACAGACGUGCCUUGUCGCCUUCCUCCGAUGUUACUCCAGCGAAACGCCCCAGUGGAGUGUAUGAGAAUUCAUUUGUGUGUUCUACCCCAGGUAAAGGAGCUGGUUCUAAGUAUGCCCCAGGGAUAUAUGACAGAGUAGUGGUUCACCUGCCCCCUACAGGCCGGGGUGAGAGGCCCCGCGGAGGGGGGUACUGCCAACACUGUAACAACUGCCUGAUCCACUUUAAGCGUCAAGCCUUCCGCCUGCUUUGCCCAGAGGGAAACAGAGCUGGCCCUAAUAUCAAGACUGCUAAGGAUUUUGAAAGAAUUGCCGAAAAACUUCAAGUGCCUGAAAACUCUCAGAGAUUUCUGAAAAGUGCCCAAUGUGAUGUGUGUAGUACGACUGUGUCAAGUUUAAAGCGAGAAGCCAUUGCUAUGGUACAGACCCUCCAACAUGCCCAGUCCGAUGGUACCGUGGCAACCAACAACCCCGCCCUUGUGGGCGCUGUAAACUUCCAUCCUCAGCAACGAAGUGGCCCUGCCCCAGGAAACCCCCAUGCAAGGUAUAUGAGGCAAGGUAAACAUAUAGGGUACAUGCCUUCGUCACCAGCAGGGGUGUCUCCUCAGCCACAAGCAUACUAUGACCAGCCACCUAGCAAUCGCACCAGUCCAAAGAAAUAUAACCAGAUGAUUGCUGCACGUCCAGCCGGCGGUGACAGCCGGAUGUACACCUCCGAAUUGUACAUGAUGGAGGGUGGACUACCCAACGGUCAUCCUGUGGUCCCUGUACAUGGUGGUGGUGGUCAGCACGACCUUCAACUUCAACAACAACAAUAUGUUCAACACCAGUUACAGAUGCAACAGCAAGCUCAGCUUCAUCAACAGAUGCAGCCUCAGCAACAUAUGGAAGUGGUGCCCCACCCCGGGGGAAUGCACCCAGGGGUCAACAUGGCCAUGCCGUCACACUCCCAUACCCAAGGACACUAUGCAAUGCAGAUGAGCCCCACCCAAGGGAAGCAUUAUGUGACGCCCCCCUACAUGAAUUAUACAGUGCCUCCCCCCCAGCAACAACCCCCGCCCCCUCCAACCUCCCCGUCAACGCCCUCUCUCAGUAGAAUGUCGUCUCCGCCCCCAGCUACAUCAGCAGCAGCUUCAUUCUUCGCCAGGGCAGCACAGAAGUUGAGUAAGAAGAAGAAACGAUUACACCAGCCUCCAGAACCUGAGCCUCCACCGUUUCCAACCAAGUUUUACGAAAUCAUUCGGAUGACCCCUCCCCCAGCUCCACCAUGCCUUUUAAGGAUGGCUGGACGGCUACAGACACCUGGAGUAGGAAAGGUGAAGGUCAUGCUAAAGAUUUGUCCCUCCAAUCAUUACGGAGAACAGGGAAACUCCUUCCUAGCUAUAGACCCCCGCAAAAAACAGGUGACAGUCUACGAUCCUACCGCGGCCGGCUUUACCACUGCUGCCCAUCGCAGGACUGCCACAACAACAGCACCAAAAAUGUUUGCCUUCGAUGCUGUCUUUUCACCUGACGAUUCACAGACUGAGGUGUGCGCCAGCAGCUUAACUGAAAUCAUCCAGGGAGUUGUGAACGGAGCGGAUGGAUGUCUGUUUACUUAUGGCUACUCAAAACUGGGUAAAUCAUAUACAAUGGUAGGCCAGGACCAAUCAGCACAGACAUUAGGCAUUAUCCCUUGUGCCAUCGCUUGGUUGUUCCGUCUUAUCAACGAACAAAAAGAAAAGACCGGAGCACGAUUCUCAGUACGAGUGUCCGCUGUAGAAGUGACCGGAAAAGCUGAGUGCCUCAAAGACCUUCUCUCAGAUGUUGCUGCUGGUGUUGAAUCAGGAAGUGGUACUGCCCCUGGAGUCUACCUCAGGGAAGAUCCAAUUUGUGGAACUCAGCUGGAGAACCAGAGUGAGUUGAGAGCCCCCACAGCAGAACGAGCCACGUACUACCUGGACGCUGCCAUUGCUGCCCGAACAAAACUAGAUGAGGAGGAAAGUCGAUCAUCUCACCUCCUAUUUACAUUACAUGUGUAUCAGUAUCGGAUAGAAAAGGCCAACCAGGCCGGUCUUCCUGGGGUCGCUGGUGGUCGGAGUCGUCUGCACCUCAUUGACCUUGGAAGUUCUUCAAAAUCCAAAGAUCCUGGAAAUGUCUCCCUUAGUCUGUCAGCCCUCGGAAAUGUCAUCAUGGCUUUGCUCAACGGUCAGCGACAUGUACCUCAUAGGGAUAGUAAAGUUGCACAGCUUUUGAGGGACUCGCUGGGAAACAUUUCGUGUAGAACAUGCAUGAUCGCCCAUGUGUCGUCUGCUGUGCCACACUAUAACGAGACUCUACAAGUGAUACAGCUAGCUGCUAAGAUACACAGGAUGCGGAGGCGAAAGACAAAGUUUUCUAGCACAAGUUCAGAUGACAGUUCGACAGAUGAUGGAAGACUGCGGAGACCAUUUCGAGGAUUUCGGAUGGGAACACUUCGUGAGGAUAUUUUAUACACCUCGUCACAUUCAGAUCCGGACUAUACCUCAAGUAGUGAGCAGUCUUGUGAUACUGUUAUUUACGUAGGGGCAAAUGGCCAGUCGCUUAGCGACCGGGAACUUACUGAUCAUGAGGGACCACCAAGAUCGGUUCCUAGAACCAACCCUCGGUUGCCAAGGCGACCAGGAGGGUCAAGGUCGUCGGGUGAUGAGGGGUCAAAUUCUGACAGUGGAAGGAGCCAUCACUCAGACUUUCGCAUUAGAAAACCAAACAUGGGAAUGAGUAUAGAAGGUGCUAAUCUGGCCAGAAUGCCUUCUCGGAUGUCAACACCAGUCAGGGAAUUAUCAGCAAGUGCAAAUGAGCAUGCUCAGUCACCACCCAUGUCUCCAAGUAUUGGAGGGGUGCAACUACCUCGGAAAGCUAAUGUUAGGACCAAAUUGGUCCAGAAAGCCGAGGAUGGUUCUGGAAGUGCUAAUAAAGUGGACAAGAUAGCCUUGUCAACACGAACAGCAGCCAUGAAUACUAAAAUGGCAAGUGGAAGUGAACAAUCAUUUCGAUCGGAACAAUGGGUAGAUGGUCCUGGGGUGGCCAUCUAUCCAGACACUCCCAAAACAGGGGAACAGUGGGUCGAUGGACCACAGGCUUUCGUCCAAAAACAGGAACAAAACAAGAAUAAACAUCUUUACAACCCCAAAAUGGAUGCUGAAGAACAGUGGGUUGAUGGACCCAGAGAAAUGAUGCAGGACUCUGAUCACAAAGAAGGGCGGAAGGGAUCUGGGCAUGGGAGAUCUGAUCGCAAGACACAUUCGCGCGAACAUUCUCGUGACCAUUCACGAGAACACUCCCUGGAACCCAAAGGAUCAUCACCAAGCCAUGGUCCAAAGUCUGGGGUCAAGGCCAAACACCCGGCCAGCUGUGAGUUAAAAGAACGCCCCGACAGCAUGGCUAGUGCUGAUAGUUCAGCAUCGAUGACAGCUCAAGCCGCAGACUCGAGGCCAACAAGCAUGCACAGCUCUAGUGCAAUAGACACUGAACAAUUGAAGGUUGAUGAAUCGGGUCAACCAAUCAAACCCUUUGUUAGAGACUGGGUAGAAAAACAUAGUGCUUUGAAAGCCGAGGGGAAAAUGGAAGAUGUCAGUAUAGGCUUAAUUGUGAAUUCUGAUAACCAAGUUAUUGGUAAUUUAGAAACUUCCAAUACUGGAACAUAUAAGCGGCCUAAACCAGAAGCACGGAAAAAGAUCCGUUCUUCCACGCCAAAACAAUCUCCACACCACUCGCCACGAAAUUCACCGGCAAUUGGAAGAAAAGGUACUAAACCUACUACUGAGUCCACACCAAAAUUACAAAAAUCUCAGUUACCAGGUAAUGCCAAUCCAACACAUAGAGUCACAGAGUGGCUCCGAUCUGUUUCUAUGGAACAGGAAAUGGAGGUUGAAACACAGGGACAUUGUGCUAAUAAAAAGUCAUCCGACAGGACUCUCAACACGUCCAUGGAUGUAUCAUCCUGUAGCAGUCUGCAGGACACAACUAUGGAGUCCGAUUUACAUAACCAGUCUGGAUGUAGUGCUGAUGGACAGCCUGACGAAAUGGCAGAGUGCAAUAUUGCGGACAUCAGUUUUGACAGCAGUGUGGACACUACAGAGUUUAGUAAUGUCAUAUUGUCAAACCGAGAAUCCAUGUACGAAAUUCAAAUGGAUGAACAAUUAGAGAGAAGUGCUGAAAAAAGUACGAGUGAUGUGGCAGACGAUGAAACAUUCAGUAGUGUGUCGUGCAAUAAGGACAAUGAAUUAACAGAGGGGGAGGACGAAGCUAUGGAGGAUGAACCUAUACUCCUCCGAGCCGAUGGAAUGCCUCAUUCGUCAACCAUAGAAAGUAUCAAAACUCUCCUAGCAGAGCCAGCGGUUUCUAAUGAACAACUGGUGUGUGAGAAGCUUUGCAGUUUCGAGUGUCCACCGUCAGACUUGGGGGAUGAAGAUACCCCGUGUGGUAGUAUGAAUCAACCUCUUCUUAGGAAACCAGACGGGGCAUCAAAUCCUAAUUUAAUUAACGAACUCAAUUUUGAAAGAAAAAUGGAUGGUGAUUUUGUGCGAGGGGACUAUAUCAUCAACACUGUUCACACAAUUAGUGCUAGUCAACCAAGAAUGGACCUGGAUGCCAAAACUAUGAAAAACGCUACCUCAAAAUAUGCAAGUUUGCCGAAACACAGUGAGGCCCUUACUAAAGCUCUAGAGGGUCUGGGCAAAGAGUUAUGUGAUUCAAAGCGAUGUACAAAAUCAAAACCACCCCUUCCAUCAAAACCUUCAUCAAAGUCAUCAGUGCAUAGCCCAAGUCCAUCUCGCCAAAGCCCAACAAAAUCUGGUGGCUUGAAGGAAAAGGAUAUAUCAACGAGUCCAAAAUCUGUGAGUUCCACGUCAAGUAAGAACUCUUCCAUUCCUAUGGGUGGUACCAGUCGUGGUCGCAGUGACAAAGAAAAAUCUGUGCGAUUACAAUCUGUGUCUUCAUCCUCGUCACAGCGAUCCUCAUCUGUACCUGUCACCAGUAGCCCAUCAAGUACAUCAACAAUUCGGAGCACUUCUUCUAAAUCAUCAAAAUCGCAAUCACCACUCAGCAGUCGUCUGCCGAUUUUCUCCUCUUGCAAAAAUACACGAAAAGGAAACAAGGACAACCAUAGUAGUAAGUUAGGCAAUGGUAGGAUUUCUGAACUCAAUCGAAGCUCGAGUCGUGGAACAGACUCAGAUAGUGGUAAUGAUAGUGGUAUAGUGACCAACGAAAAGAAACUGUUGUCCCCAUAUAGUACAGUGACCAAACCACGGACACCCAGUCACUCCAGUAGUGGUCACGGUAGUGACAAUAGCAGUACAGUGAGUGCUGAGCUACGAUCACAACUUGGAUGUAAGUCAGACAAAAUUCAUGGAGGAACAAGCAGUGGAUACGAAAGUAUGUUACGGGACAGCGAAGCCACAGCCUCAUCAUCAGCUCACGAGGAUAGCAACAGCGAGUCUUCUAACGAGAAAAAGAAAGGUUCACGACGAAAAAGACCAAGUUCCCGUAGAAGUCGCUCCGUUCCUGCAAGAACAUCAGAAAGUCCUGAAAACCGGAAACAGAGUCCAUCAGGAACACUUAAGACAAGUCCUUCUCCGAAGGCUUGGGUGGACACCAGACAAAUACAGAAGAUCAAGGAGGAACCAUUUGAAAUCAAACGCUAUGAUGUUGUUGACGUUGAAAGGCUCGGGCGACGUAGGGCUGAAGAUGAGGGAAAAGAAAUGGAACAGAGAAAAGAAAAGCUGAAGGAAAUUCUCUCCCGACAAGGUCAGCUGAAGCCCGAUAGCCCGGACAUGAAGGACCAGAUUCUAAUGGAACAACAUGGAUGGAAGUUUGACUGUAAAUUCCUAAUGUGUUUUUCGUGUCGAUCCAAGACCAAGAAAACAGAUGUGUAAAUGUUUUGUUGUCCAACGUGACUCCUAAAUUGUCUUGUUUACUGGGUAGUGCAGACCGAGAUAUAUCCAGUAACAUUGGACGGUAUUAUACCAGACCAUGUAAGUGGUCCAGUGACAUUGGACGGUAUUAUACCAGACCGUGUAAAUGGUCCAGUGACAUUGGACGGUAUUAUACCAGACCAUGUAAAUGGUCCAGUGACAUUGGACGGUAUUAUACCAGACCGUGUAAAUGGUCCAGUGACAUAGGACGGUACUAUACCAGACCAUGUAAAUGGUCCAGUGACAUUGGACGGUAUUAUACCAGACCGUGUAAAUAGUCCAGUGACAUUGGACGAUACUAUACCAGACCGUGUAAAUGGUUCAGUGACAUUGGACGAUACUAUACCAGACCAUGUAAAUGGUCCAGUGACAUUGGACGAUACUAUACCAGACCGUGUAAAUAGUCCAGUAACAUUGGACGGUACUAUACCAGACCGUGUAAAUGGUCCAGUGACAUUGGACGGUACUAUACCAGACCGUGUAAAUGGUCCAGUGACAUUGGACGGUAUUAUACCAGACCAUGUAAAUGGUUCAGUGAUCAUCGAGACCCAACUACAGUAUGUGAGGUUGAUGGGGUUUAUCUGUGCUACUUUACACAACCCUAAUUUUUGCAGUAUACUAGUAAAUAUGCCAUGUUGGUUUCAACUGCUGACUCUACAAACAAAAAAUUGCAAUAAUGUAAAAGAUGCAAAUCAAAAUUUGUGAAAUGGAUUCAUUUUUUCAUUGUAUACAUCAAAAUCAUGCAAGCACAUUCAUUUCUUUAUAUUUUGCAAAAACUUUCUUCAUUUGGAGACAAAUGAUAUCCUUACUAUGUCAAAUUUUGUAAUGAGUUUUGUAUAUUUUUUAUAUAUUUUGAAUUUGCAUAUGUCAUUUUCCGUGGAUCAUUUGAAUAUUAAUUUGUGUUAUUUUAAGAGGUGCUUUGCCAAGAAAGAAAUGGUACCUGGACAAGGCGUGUCUUACCUCACUGCCAAACAGAUUAUUUCAUUGUAAUUCUUACUUGUGUGGGUGUCCAAAUCUGCCUUAAAUUUAAUCAAUUCUUUAAUAAUUAAUGAUUUAUUUUUACAGUAAUAUCCCAGGUCUUGUAUUCAUAUUCUUAUCAUUAAAAUCAGUUUCAUUUUAUUUAAUUAUUGUGAUAAUAAUUUUCAAAGGAUUCAACAGUUUAACAUUGCAUACAAUUUUUUACAUGAUUCCAAAACAGAAAGAAGAAAUGUUAAAUAACUGUUCAGCAAGUAUCAUCUAAUUAAAUCUACUGCCAGCUUAUGGUCGCAAUAUGCAAUUAAUGACAGGUGUAAGCUACUUUAAACGGUGCAGACUACUUCAUACAGUUCAAUUACUGUGAGAUUCCCGGACAUUAAUUCUGGUUUAAUAUGCACCAUAUGUUUCAUUAUGCAUCGGCACGGACAAAAACUGCUGAAAAAGGCCGCACUAUUCACAUUAAUAUACAGACUGGUAUAAAUAGAGUACUGUAUUGAGCUUAGUCAGUUGGUUUGGUGUAUCUAUCAUUAUUAUCAGAUUUUUAUCAAGUGUAUAUUAUUGAGACCAUUCAGUACCCUGUACAAUGCUUGUGUAUUAUUUAUUUGUACAUUUUCUCUCCUACAAGACCAAAUAGAAUUAUUAUGUUAAAUAGAUCAUUAAUGUCAAAAUAGACAAAAUAUAUUUGUAAUAUUUA